AACAUCAGGCUUUAUCCCUCUGACUGGGGCCAAUAACGGAGCAAAGGUUAUUACUGCAGCAGCACGGAAACAAUGCUGAGGACCCACCCACCUCUGAGGCUACUCUCUCUGCUGCUCUCUGCUACGCUCUUCCUGGAUCUCAAGUCCGCAGCUGAUAAGUUCUAAAGAUGAGCUACCCAGGAUACCCUCCUCAGUCCGGUGGAUACCCACCACAGGCAGGAGGUUAUCCACCUCAACAAGGGGGCUAUCCACCUCAACAAGGGGGGUAUCCACCCCAAGCAGGUGGCUACCCACCCCAAGCAGGUGGCUACCCUCCCCAAGCAGGCGGCUACCCUCCUGCAGCAGGCGGCUACCCCCCACAGGCAGGCGGCUACCCACCCCAAGCAGGCGGCUACCCUCCCCAAGCAGGCGGUUACCCUCCAGCAGCAGGGGGCUACCCUCCCCAGGCAGGUGGUUACCCUGCACCAGCUGGAGGCUUCCCUCCUCAGGCAGGAGGAUACCCAGCACAGUCUGGAGCAGGAGGCUAUCCCUCCAUGCCUCCAGGAGGUGGAGGUUGGGGUGCAGCACCAGGCGGCCAAGGAGCGCCAGGAGGGGCCCAGCAGGGAUACCCAGGGGGCCCCGCCCCAGGCCAGCCCAUGCCAAGUUACCCCGCGACUAGUCCCCAGAUGCCUGCGUAUGGAGGCGGAGUUCCAUCCAACCCUCAGGCACCUGCCAUUUCUAAAGGAUACAGGGGCUCUAUAAAAGACUUUCCAGGGGCCGAUCCACUCAGGGACGUUGAGGUCCUUCGAAAAGCUAUGAAGGGUUUUGGCACUGAUGAAAACGCCAUUAUUGAACUCCUGGGAAGUCGUACCAACAAGCAGAGAGUCCCAAUGGUAGCAGCCUAUAAAACAACUUAUGGGAAGGAUUUAAUCCACGAUCUGAAGUCUGAGCUCACUGGAAACUUUGAGAAGCUGGCUCUUGCCAUGCUGAAGAGCCCUGCGUACUUCGAUGCAUCUGAACUCAGAGAGGCUAUAAAGGGUGCAGGAACUGAUGAAGCUUGUCUGAUUGAGGUUCUUUCAUCACGCUCCAAUGCAGAAAUCAAUGAAAUCACCAGAGUCUACAAAGCUGAGUACGGGAAGAGCCUGGAGGACGCCAUCAGCAGUGACACCUCCGGUCACUUCCGCAGACUGCUCGUCUCCCUCUGUCAGGGCAACCGUGACGAAAGAGAGACUGUUGACAUCUCACUGGCCAAACAGGACGCUCAGAAACUGUACGCUGCCGGGGAGAAUAAAGUAGGAACUGAUGAGUCCCAGUUUAACGCCAUCCUGUGCGCUCGCAGCAAGCCUCACCUCCGGGCAGUCUUCCAGGAGUACCAGCAAAUGUGUGGGAGAGACAUCGAGAAGAGCAUCUGCAGGGAAAUGUCUGGCAAUGUGGAGUCUGGCAUGGUGGCUGUGGUGAAAUGCAUCAAGAACACUCCCGCCUACUUUGCAGAGCGGCUCCACAAGGCCAUGAAGGGAGCAGGGACCAAGGACACCACCCUAAUCCGCAUCAUGGUGUCCCGCUCUGAGAUAGACAUGUUGGACAUCAGACAGGCGUAUCUGCAGAGUUACGGAAAAUCACUGUACACUGACAUCUCGGGUGACACCUCUGGUGAUUACAAGAAGCUGCUGCUCAAGCUGUGCGGAGGUAGCGACUAAAGGAAAGGAAGACGAGUCUUCGUAAGGACAAACCAUAUGUCCACACUGAAUCGAUGUUAUAGGACCGUAUAUCACAUCUGAUGCAUGCAGUAAAAGUUUUCCAGUCAAUCACUAUUACUUUUGUAUUCUUUGCAGUGACACGAUAGAUAUUUUUGCCACUGUAUUGUAGAUGAUGCCAAAUAGUAAAUAUAUAUUAGUAUGAAGGUUUUUUUUAAAAACAGUACAUGUCACUAAUGGGUAAAAGAUGGAGUCCUAAAGCAAAAAGUGGGUGCCGAAAAUCUCAUACUUGAUUAAGAAAUUAAAUAUAUUAUAUAACUAAACUAACUUUAUUAUAGAAUUUAAAGCCUCUAAAAUGCAAUUAACAUGAAAGAUUAUUUGGAGGAGCGGUAGAGUUUAAGAAAAACUAAACAGAACAAGGUGAGUGUCUCAUUUAUCUAACAUACAAAGUAUACAAGGAAAUAUUUAGCAUUAUACAUGAAUUAUAUCUGUGUUACUGAGGUAAAGUCCACCUCACCGCCAAGCAUUUCAACUGUGUACAUGUGAAUAUAUACAGUGUCGUGUGAGACUAUUAUACAAGUUUUCGCAAAUUGUCUAUGACUGAAUCUCUCACAGAAUACAUGUGAGCAUUUAGUGGGUGUUAAACAGGCCACAGUUAAGUUCCAGGUCGUUUGUGAAUGUAAGAAAUAAUCUACUAAAGGUGUCUCCUCUAUCUUUAAAGUGUCCAUAUUUACUAACCAGAUUUGUACUUCUAGUCCUGCUUGCAAGUCUAUGCAAAUGAGCUUGUUCACUUUAUAUCAGCUUUAUGAAACUCCUCUGUGCUUUUGUUGAAAUUUAAACCUUUGCAGUCAUAGUUCAACAUUUGCAGCAACUACGUUUACACGCACAAAAUAUUCCAAUUUUUGCCCUUUAAUUAGAUAAAGACAAUAUUUCAUUCAUAUUUCAUUUAUAAGGUUUAUGAAAAUGAAUAUGCCACCUAAUAUCCUGGUAUUAUGCAGCUGCGAAUACUUCGAUUAACGUGCCCUAAUGUGUCGUUUAUCA